AUGUCAAACUUAUAUAAUCAUCGAUCAACAGGGCCUUCUGUUGUUUCAAAUCGCUUGGCAGAGCUUUUGGAAGCAGUUAGAAAUGAAUUUGAUAAUAUUGCACAAGAAGCCAUGGCUUUUCGGAAUCAUAAGGAUGAUUAUGAACAUAAAAUGACAUCUCAGAUACAAGAAAUGCAAACGAUUCGACAAAUGGUUUAUGAAUUAGAAAUGGCUCACCAAAAAAUGAAACAAUCUUACGAAGAAGAAAUUGCACGAUUACGACGUGAACUUGAAUCACGAGGGAUUCAUCUUCCUACAACAUCAACAUCAGCGCAACCAUCUCUACCAAGACUUUCUAAUCCUCCUAAUCUUCCAUUUCCUCCGCCGAAUCUCGGAUUAAGUACAAAUAAUCUUUCUAUGGGAAGGACAAGUCAUGGUGAUCUAAAAACAUGUCUUGCUCCUCUAGAAACCAAUCAAUCAGUUGUUCAGUUGCCUUAUCCUAAUACAGGAUAUCCUUCAGUUAAUAAUGUUCUUCCAUUACAAAGUUGUCCUCAACAUGCUAACAAACGGAUUUGCUCCGAUUCUGGUGUAGAUAAUACAUAUAAUGUGCCUAAGGGAUCAAAUUAUUCAGCAGUUUCAGGAUCUUUUUCUCCCUCUAGUAAGCGUAAUAAGUCGCACUCUAAUCGUGCCGAAACGUCAAAUUCUUUUAUUCCUGUUCAGCCUUCAUCUGCGCGUUCUGUUGUACCUUCUACUCCAUUGACAACGGCCCCGCAACAACCAUCUACAUCUGUUGCACUUGGACAAUCUCUUUCUAUGGCUGAUAUUGAUCCUGAUAUGAUUCCCUGUGAAUUAAAGAAGGAGGAUUCUGAUUGGACAGUUUUGUUUAAUCCAAAUGUCCCUCGAGUUUUGGAUAUUAACCUUGUACAUACAUUAGAGCAUCAAAGUGUUGUUUGUUGUAUACGAUUUAGUCAUGAUGGAGAGUAUCUUGCAACGGGGUGUAAUCGAGUAGCGGUGAUUUUUGAUGUAAAAACGGGUAAACGAUUAACGGUUCUUCAAGAUGAAUCAGUAGAUCGAGAAGGAGAUUUAUAUAUACGAAGUGUUGCAUUUAGUCCAGAUGGAAAGUAUCUUGCAACUGGUGCAGAAGAUAAAAGAAUUCGGAUAUGGGAUAUUUUAAAAAAGAAAAUACGACAUUUAUUUACGGGACAUGAACAAGAUAUCUAUUCUCUUGAUUACAGUCAAAAUGGAAAGUUUAUUGCUUCUGGAAGUGGUGAUCGUACUGCUCGUGUCUGGGAUAUCGAAACAGGACAUUGUAUUUUAACAUUGAGUAUCGAAGAUGGCGUUACAACAGUAGCGAUAUCCCCUGAUAGUCGUUACGUUGCUGCUGGAAGUCUUGAUAAAGUUGUACGUGUAUGGGAUGCUAAAACAGGUUAUUUAGUUGAACGGUUUGAAGAUCAUAAAGAUAGUGUUUAUAGUGUUGCUUUUUCACCAAAUGGAUGUGAAUUAUUAAGUGGAAGUCUUGAUAAAACAGUUAAACUAUGGGAACUUAUGGAUGCUAAAACAUCCACUGGUCCUAAAAAUGGACUGUGUAAAACCACAUUUACUGGUCAUAAAGAUUUUGUACUUAGUGUUGCAAGUUCACCCGAUGGGCAUUGGGUUGUAAGUGGUUCAAAAGAUAGAGGUGUUUAUUUUUGGGAUUAUCAUGGGCGUGCACAACUUAUAUUACAAGGACAUAAAAAUUCCGUUAUUUCAGUAGCUGUUUCACCAACCGGCCGACUUUUUGCCACCGGUUCUGGCGAUUGUCGUGCACGUAUAUGGGAAUAUACAACACUAACAUAA